AUGUCGUCCGAUCCUAUUCACCACGCCGUCACAUAUAACCAAGUGCACAAGUCUAUCAAGGCGUGCGCUGAGCAGAUCAAGACCGAGUUCGCGCCGGAUGUGCUCAUCGCCAUUGGUGGAGGCGGAUUCUUCCCCGCUCGCGUUCUGCGGACGUUCUUGAAGAACACUCAGACAAAGCAGAACAUCCCCAUCUAUGCUAUUGGGCUUUCUCUCUAUGAGAGCUUACCCGGAACGACUGCUGAGAUGAUCGGCGAGGAGGUUGUCCGUACACAAUGGCUUGGCCCGGAAACACACAAGGCACUCAUUGGUCGCCGUGCGUUGAUUGUGGACGAGGUUGACGACUCGCGCAAAACGCUUCAAUACGCUGUUGCCGAGUUGCAAAAGGAUGUCGAGCGUGAGAUCCAGACUCUACCCGAACCCGAGCGUGAAGCCGCACGUACGAAGUUCGGUAUCUUCGUCGUGCAUAACAAGCGCAAGACGAAGCUCGGCACGAUCCCGAACGAAGUCAAAUACUUCCAGGCUGCCGAGACGGAGGACGUCUGGCUCGACUACCCCUGGGAGGCUAUUGACAUUGACGCGCACGACGAGGCGGCUGCAAAGCAAUAG